AGGAGCUCUCUCAAAGGUCCAUAAAACAACCGCUUGGGGGAAGAGCUCUCUCAAAGGUCCGGUGCCUUAGGAAAAGAAAGACGAAUCCUGGAGCAGAAGUUCCCUCCCUUUGUUUCAGGUGGAGGGAGUUCUAGACGAACUCGGCGGCCGGUCACUCCAUACAUGGAUUGGCCAUGGCUCACGGUAACAGUUCAAAAGCUCUUACUGCUUGUCGCUGCCACGGUAACCUUGCAAUAUACUACUACCACCGCUUAUGGAUCUGGGUCCUCUGGCAGCAUCAACAGGGCAAGGCCUGACUGCCUAGAUAAGUGUGGCAACAUCAGCAUCCCAUACCCUUUUGGCACCGGAAAAGGCUGUUUCCAAGAACCCUUUAAUGUCGCCUGCAAUGAGAGCGGAGCAUAUCUAGCCUCAACUGAAGUUAGGAUACUAGACAUCAAUCUUAUCUUGGGUGAGAUUCGCGUUCAGAACCCACACAUAGCAUGGGAAUGCAAGUACACCAAUGGCACCAAUAGCACUGGUGGCUUCGAAGGCUUAAAUCUUGAUUCUUUUCAUAAGGUUUCUGGCACCAAGAACAAGUUGAUUGCAAUCGGGUGUGAUACUUUUGCAUUUAUCAUGGGAACAACCAAGGGAAAGAACCAGCUUGACUUCCUCACUGUCAACUCAUGCUAUUCAUAUUGCACUGACGCAAGUACCGUGGAUGAUAGCACAGAGUGCUUUGGCAUGGGUUGCUGCCAGACCUCCUUUCCAGGAAACAUUAGCUCUUUUACAACCACAUCCUCGCCAUUAGUAGACAACUCUACCAUCCAGUCUUUCAGCCCUUGCAGCUACUCAUUCGUUGUGGAGGAGGGCUGGUUCAAGUUUGAUCCUUCGUUUGUUAGCUCUACAAAUUUUGCCAGUAAAUAUACAAAUGGGGUUCCUCUGGUACUCGAUUGGGUAGUUGGUAAUGGAAGUUGUUCGGAAGCCAGCAAGAUGGGAUCACAGUAUGCAUGCAAAGCCAUGUACAGUGAAUGCAUUAAUGUAUCCAAUGGCCCUGGCUACCGGUGCAACUGCACUCAAGGCUAUGAGGGUAAUCCCUACCUACCAGGAGGGUGCCAAGACAUCAAUGAGUGCGAACCUCCAAACCAGCCCUUUUAUCCCUGCAAAGGUAAAUGCAGAAACACCGAGGGAAGCUACACAUGUUCAUGCCCAUCAGGGUUGAGGAGCGAUGAUCCAAAAAUCAUACCCUGUGUUCAAGCUGAUCCAAACAAAGCUCUGAAGAUGGUCAUAGGCAUAUGCUUCUGUGUUGUCUUCCUCAUGGUUUGCAUCUUCGCUCUACGAUCUGAGUAUCAGAAAAAGAAGUUGGCUAAAGAGAAAGAAAGAUUCUUCGAUCAGAAUGGUGGCCAGAUAUUAUAUCACCAAAUUAUGUCAAGACAAGUUGAUACAUUGAGGAUAUUCACGCAAGAAGAUCUAAAGAAGGCUACGAACGAUUUUGACGAGAGCAGAGAACUGGGCAAGGGGGCUCACGGCACUGUCUACAAGGGCAUUCUCAAGGAUAACAGGGUAGUAGCAGUGAAGCGCUCAAAGCUCAUGAACAUGGCUGAAACCAAUGAAUUCGUGCAGGAGAUUAUUAUACUUUCACAGACCAACCACCGGAAUGUGGUCAGGCUUCUAGGGUGCUGCUUGGAGGUGGAGGUCCCCAUACUGGUCUAUGAAUACAUCUCGAACGGCACUCUCUUUGACUUUAUCCAUCAUAACAGAACAUCUCCUUCGCUGGAUACCCGUCUCAGGAUCGCUCAAGAAUCAGCUGAAGCACUGGCCUAUCUGCACCUAUCCACAAACCACCCUAUAGUCCACGGAGAUGUCAAGUCCAUGAACAUUCUUUUGGAUGACGACUACAUGGCGAAAGUGACCGACUUUGGGGCGUCGAGGAUGCUCCCCAAAGAUGCGGCCCAGUUCAUGACAAUGGUGCAGGGCACAUUGGGUUACUUGGACCCCGAAUACCUGCAGGAACGGCAGCUCACCGAGAAGAGUGAUGUUUAUAGCUUCGGGGUUGUGUUGCUGGAGCUGAUCACUGGGAAGACGGCGAUCUACAAUGAAGGACCCAAGGAAGGCAAGAGCAUAGUGUCAUCCUUCCUGCUCGCCAUGAAGGAGGAGAAUCUCGAGCGCAUGCUAGACGUGAGCAUAGUGCAUGCUGGUAUGGAGAUGUUGUUGGGAGAAGUCGCUGAGAUGGGGAGGAUGUGCUUGGCCGCCAGUGGUGAAGAUAGGCCUUCCAUGACUCAGGUGGCCGACAAGCUGAAGGCCCUGCGAAGCACCUGGAGGGAAAAGCUGGCGGGGGAGCGUGACCCAAUGGAGCGUUUGAUCGUGCGCUCAUCACCUCCGGCGCGUUGGGAUCCUUUGUCGUCGAGCAUGUUCUCUACGGCUCCUCACAUGGGUGCAAUAUGUAUAGAGACACCCAGAUGAUGGCUUCAUUUGAUUCCACCACGCAAGUAGUACCACCAAGAGUAUGUGUACGCGUCAGAUUUGUGCACUGUCAAACAGAAAUGUACCGGUAGUUGAAGUGUAUAAAUGCCAAGUAUAUCUAUAUAGAAUCGGUUAUCGUC